AUGCGAGUUUGCCAAACAGCUUCUUUUAUCCUCAGAUGUCGCCACAAGCAAGAAAGCCACCAGGUUCCACAAGGCAACACCAGAGCAAGCAGUAGCACUACUACCAGGCAUCGCAAGACCCUGAAAGAAACUAUCACCAGGCACGACAAGACCCUGAAAGAAACUAUCACCAGGCACGACAAGACCCUGAAAGAAACUAUCACCAGGCACGACAAGACCCUGAAAGAAACUAUCACCAGGCACGACAAGACCCUGAAAGAAACUAUCACCAGGCACGACAAGACCCUGAAAGAAACUAUCACCAGGCACGACAAGACCCUGAAAGAAACUAUCACCAGGCACGACAAGACCCUGAAAGAAACUAUCACCAGGCACGACGACCUGAAAGAAGCUAUCACCCCUGAAAGAAACUAUCACCAGGCACGACAAGACCCUGAAAGAAACUAUCACCAGGCACGACAAGACCCUGAAAGAAACUAUCACCGGGCACGACAAGACCCUGAAAGAAACUAUCACCAGGCACGACAAGACCCUGAAAGAAACUAUCACCAGGCACGACAAGACCCGCAAAUGUCCUAA